UCGUUCAGUUAGCACUGCGUAUCGUAAUAUCAUCCCCAUCGACGAAACUAUGCGGUUGCUAUAACGGAAUGCAAAUUUAAAGACACGAAUUUUUGAUCGUUCCUGCUUCGAGCGCGAUGUAGUAUCGCUAUGCCCUCGCAGAUGGCGGCAGCAAUCGUUUGGCGUUUUCCUCGAUCGAUUUCCCGCUUGUUGGCACGGGUUACCUCGACAACGUUCGAGUCCAAAUAUAAUUCGCGGCCCACACGCGCGGCUUUAGCGUUUAGACACAAUAAAUUAAUUAUUUGAAAUGUUUCGCGAGUGCGGCGGCCAAAAGAUGCAGUAGACUGAGACCGGCCCAGCUGACCAGGCCCUCGCCAACCACUCUGUAGUCACACCCUAACCAAGAGACCACGAUGUCGGCCUUAGACAUCAGCGUACCCAUAAUCUGGGUGCUGGGCGGUCCGGGUUCCGGUAAAGGUACUCAAUGCGAACGCAUCGUCACCAAGUAUCAGUUCACUCAUCUCUCUUCCGGGGACUUGCUACGCGAGGAAGUCAGCAGCGGCUCGUCGAGGGGUCAAGAGCUCAGCGCAAUAAUGGAACGCGGUGAACUGGUACCCAUGGACCUGGUGCUGGAACUUUUACGGGACGCCAUACAGAAGGCAUUACCUGACUCGAAGGGGUUUUUGAUCGAUGGCUACCCCAGGGAGAAGGAACAAGGGAUACUGUUCGAGAAGAAAGUAGCACCGGUUCACUUGGUGUUGUUUUACGACGCUUCAGAUAAGACGUUGGUGGAAAGGUUGCUGGGGAGGGCGAAGACGUCGGGCAGGGUGGAUGAUAACGAGGAGACGAUAAAGAAGAGGUUGCACACGUUUAAUACCCACAACGACCAAGUAGUUCAGCAGUACACCGAGAAACUGAAGAGGAUCGACGCCGAACGAAACGCUGACGAGAUUUUCGCCGAAACUUCGCUGUUGAUAGACGAUUUGCUAGCAAGUUUGAAGUAAUUGGUCGCUGGCAGUAAUGUUACGUUCACGGGCAUAUUGUUUUUAAAUUAAAGUUUGAA